AUGGAAAAUCAGAAGAAUAAUGGGAAGAGGCCCUUUCGAGCUGGUGAAUCUGAGAAAAAGAAAGAAGCCGACGACGAGAAUAUAUUUCCGUUCUUCUCGGCUCGAUCUGAAUACGACACGCGUGCCAUGGUCUCAGCCUUGAGUCAAGUCAUUGGAAACCAAAGCAGCACGCAUGAAAAUAAUCUACAUCACCCCGUUGAGUAUAUUCAGCAAGAUCCUAUCCAACAUGUUCCUCCUACUCAAGAUCAAGGAAACUUGAGGAAAAUACAUUAUAGAGGGGUAAGGCAACGACCAUGGGGAAAAUGGGCUGCUGAAAUUAGGGAUCCACAAAAGGCCGCACGCGUGUGGCUUGGGACAUUUGAGACCGCUGAAGCUGCGGCCUUAGCUUAUGAUGAAGCAGCUCUCAAGUUCAAAGGAAGCAAAGCCAAACUUAAUUUCCCUGAGAGAGCUCAACUAGCAAGUAACACUAGUACUAUUACCGGUCUACCAAACUAUUACUCUUCUAAUAAUCAAACUUACUACUCAAAUCCACAGACUAAUUCACAAACCAUACCAUAUUUUAACCAAUACUACUAUAACCAAUAUCUUCAGCAAGGGGGAAAUGGUAACGAUGCAUUAAGCUAUAGUCUGGCCGGUGGGGAAGCCGGAGGCUCAAUGUAUAGUCAUCAAACGUUAUCUAAUACCACUUCUUCAUCUUCUGGUGGAUCUUCAAGGCAACAAGAAGAUUAUGCAAGAUUUUGGCAUUUUGGGGAUUCUUCUCCUAAUUCGGGGUUUUGA